AUGGCGACCAUCAUCAGAGUCCCCUGCUCGUCGGCCAACAUUGGUCCAGGCUUCGACGUCAUCGGGCUUGCGCUUUCCAUGUACCUCGAGGUGCAGCUUACAGUCACAAAGCAGGAGUCAUCGUCGCAUUCGCUCAAUUGCCGCAUCACCUACGAGGGUGUCAACGCGGAAUCUGUCCCCCUUGUCGCCGAAGACAACCUCAUCACUCGAACCGCCGUAUACGUUCUUCGCUGCCAUGGCAUUCGCGCAUUCCCCACCGAGACACACGUCCAUGUCAAAAACCCUAUUCCGCUUGGCCGAGGACUGGGCUCGUCCGCCGCUGCCAUCGUGGCCGGCGUGAACCUGGCGAAUGAAGUGGGCAAUCUCCAGCUGUCCAAAGCUCGAAUGCUGGACUUUUGUCUCAUGGAGGAGCGUCAUCCUGACAACGUAGCGGCAGCGCUAUACGGAGGUUUUGUCGGCACAUAUCUCAACGAACUGUCUCCCGAGGAUCUUGACCGCAUGGAGAUUCCUCUCAGUGAGGUGCUGCCCGAGCCAGCUGGUGGCAAGGACACGGGAUUGCAGCCACCACAACCGCCCAAGGACAUCGGCCACUACACAAAGUACAAAUGGUCGUCGGAGAUCAAGUGCAUAUGCAUAAUACCGCAGUUCGAGGUGUCUACCGCAAAGGCACGUGGGGUGCUCCCGGAGAGCUACUCGCGCAAAGACAUCGUCUUCAACAUGCAAAGAUUGGCGGUAUUAACAACAGCCCUGGGACAAUCGCCCCCAGACCCCAGCAUGAUCUACACAGCUAUGCAGGACAAAAUUCACCAGCCGUACCGAAGAGGUCUUAUUCCUGGUCUUACAGAGAUCCUGCAGUCAGUGACCCCACAGUCUCACCCCGGCCUGCUAGGCAUCUGCUUGUCGGGCGCGGGACCUACGAUUCUGGCACUGGCUACGAGCAAUUUCGAAACGAUAGCAAACCACCUACUUGGUGAGUUCAAGAAGGAAGGAAUCAUCUGCGACUGGAAGCUGCUUGAGCUCGCCGAGGAUGGAACAACCGUGGAAAGACCAUCUGAAAGCCCUGCAGCAGGCACACCGGUACAACCCGAGGAGGCACUCACGUAUGCUUCCUCUGGAGUCAGUAUCGACGCUGGUAAUGAUCUCGUCAAAGGAAUCAAGGCUCUCACCGCAGCUACCAGACGCCCUGGGGCCGACGGCAAGAUCGGCGGCUUUGGUGGUCUUCUUGACUUGGAAGCUGCUGGCUACACCGAGCCACCCAUCCUAGUUGGCGCGAUUGACGGCAUCGGCACCAAAGUCAAAAUCGCCUUCGAAAUGGGCAAACAUGAUACCGUUGGUAUCGAUCUGGUUGCAAUGAACGUAAACGACCUGGUCGUGCAGGGGGCAGAGCCGCUUAUGUUCCUCGACUACUACGCAUGCAGCAAGCUGGACGUGGAGAGCGCGGUCAAAUUCGUAGAGGGCGUAGCGAACGGUUGCCGCCUGUCUGGUGCUGCCCUGGUGGGCGGCGAAACCGCAGAGAUGCCGGGAAUCUACCAGCAAGGCGAGUACGACGCCGGAGGCUGCGCAAUCGGUGCCAUAAAGAAAGGCGCUACCAUCCUGCCCGACACUGCGGCGAUGGCUCCUGGAGAUGUGCUUCUGGGUCUGGCAUCUAGCGGCGUGCACUCCAAUGGCUUUUCUCUGGUUCGCAGGAUCAUCGAGAAGAAAGGACUAUCGUUCCACGAUACCGCACCGUGGAGUGCGAAUGAAACUGUAGGCGGUAGUCUCCUCACACCAACGCGCAUCUACGUGAAGCCUUUGCUAGCGGCUACUCGGAAGGGCCUCAUCAAGGGCAUGGCCCACAUCACUGGUGGUGGGCUCCUAGAGAAUAUUCCCCGUAUGCUGCCUGACAGCCUUGCCGCAGAGCUCGAUGCGAAGGCUUGGCCCGUUCUCGACGUCUUCAAGUGGCUCAAAGAAGCCGGACGGCUCGAAGACGCAGAGUUCUGCCGCACGUUCAACACUGGAUUGGGCAUGGUGCUCGUCGUGAGCGAAGACAAGGUUCGCACGACGACGGAGAUACUACAGGAGUACGGAGAGCAGGUCUACAGGAUAGGAAGGCUGACAAAGAGGGCGGACGAGGAGUGCACAGUGCAGAACAUGGAUGUCUGGCGAUGA